AGCUGGGAACAGAGAACUACAACUCCCAGGAGGCUUAGCGGCCGAGUCCCGGGAGCGUGGCCGCGCGGCCUUAUGGGGCGGGUAGUUUUGCGAAGGACAACCUAGAGGUUUGCAAGGUUGGAGGUUCUGAGUCCUGCGGCGCCCGAGCCGGGGAGAAAUGGAGCUGGAGCAGAGAGAGGGGACCAUGGCAGCCGUGGGCUUUGAAGAGUUCUCAGCGCCUCCGGGCUCGGAGCUGGCGCUGCCUCCGCUGUUCGGUGGUCACAUCCUGGAGAGCGAGCUUGAGACCGAAGUGGAGUUCGUGUCUGGGGGUCUGGGCAGCUCGGGCCUCCGGGAGCGAGAGGAAGAGGAAGAGGCAGCCCGGGGCCGACGGCGACGCCAGCGAGAGCUCAAUCGCAGGAAGUACCAGGCGUUAGGUCGGCGCUGCCGGGAGAUCGAGCAGGUGAACGAACGGGUCCUGAACAGGCUCCAUCAGGUACAGAGGAUAACGCGGAGACUCCAGCAGGAGCGGAGGUUCCUCAUGAGAGUGCUCGACGCUUAUGGCGAUGACUACCGUGCCGGCCAGUUCACCAUCGUGCUGGAGGAUGAGGGCAGCCAGGGCACAGAUGCCCCCACCCCAGGCAAUGCUGAGAACGAGCCUCCGGAGAAAGAGGGGCUGUCCCCGCCCAGGAGAACGCCAGCACCCCCAGAACCCAGCAGCCCGGCCCCCGGUGAGGGGCCCAGCGGGCGGAAAAGGAGGCGAGCGCCCCGGGAAGGACGCCGAGCAGGAGUCCCAUUGACUCCAGAACUGGCCCAGAUAAAGGUUGAGGAAGACUUUGGCUUUGAAGCAGAUGAGGCCCUGGACUCAAGUUGGGUUUCCCGGGGGCCAGAUAAACUGCUGCCCUACCCCACCUUAGCCAGCCCCCCCUUUGACUGACCCUGCCAAUAAACUGACCCCCCCGCUCUCCUGGGCCAC